UGCCGCAGCGGCGCAGCCGGUCACCAGAGGAGGGGGGGGAAGCGCACACGCCAGGCCACAGUCCCACACAAGGCCCGAAACAGGCUCGGUCUCCGCGCAGAUAGAUGAUAGCGUCGCCGAGCAGGACCGAGAUUACGAGCGGAGCGAGGCGACUGCUUCGCGUGUAGGCCGGACCCCCUCCUCUCUGGCUCCGAGCCGUCAGCGCGUCCAACAAGACGGCUCCCUAUCAGAGAGACAUCAGCAUUUACGCGUUCCCUUUGCGUCGAGGCGUAUUUGGUAUCUGUGAGCCGGCUGCCGGAUACUACCCCUCGUCCUGCCGGUUUCUCCCCCGCCCCCUCGGCCGGUUCGCCCUUCAGCUGCAGCGCCGCCGCGUCCUCGCCGUUCCCGUCAGCUGCUGCGCAUCAGCAAAACAUGCAGGAUGAGCCUGUGGGCUUGACAACCACGCAAUUGCCCCCGUCGACCGAGGAAAGGGACAGCAGCAGCAGCGCCGUCAGCAAAUCUGGGAAACGGCCGAGGCAGGCCGGCGACCGUGACAGCCAGCUGAGCUCCUUCGCCCCGGAUUAUACCCGUCCGCAGCAGAGGACCGAUCUCGAUCGAGAUCGCAUUUGCCCCAGCCGGUCCAUCUGUGACCUUCGGCGCGGCCGCGACACACAGCAGCAGUCAGGUCGGCGCGCCGAGUUUAGCCCCGCGGAGUCGCCCCCGUCCCGGGGACACGUCGGUCACCUGCCGCAGAGGCAGCGCGUCCCCGAGCCCGAGCCCGAGCCCCGCGCUGCCGGCCGCCGCGGCUCUCCAGUGGAAGAGGCUGCAGCCGAUGCUGCGUCGCCACCGCGCACCUCCGCAGCUCCGAACGAGGUCCAAAUGGACUCCCCCGUCGCCCACCACUUGAAUAACGGCAACGGCAGCAGCACCGGCAACAUGUUGGCCGGGGGUCUCGGCGCCGCCUUCCCGAGCCUGCCGGGCCAGGAGAUGCAGAGCGCCGGCGGGGGCUCGUCGCCGCCCUCCCUCCCUGGGUUCGGCACCCCGUGGUCCGUCCAGACCAGCUCCUCGCCGCCGCCCGCGCCCAACUCCAUCAACCCCAUCCACGCCAACGCCAUCAACCAGAUGCCCAACGCGGACUCCGACAACGGCUUCUACCCGGGGAUCCCCUCCUCCAUCAACCCGGCCUUCUUCCAGAGUUUCUCGCCGGUGUCAACUAAUCCCUGCGCCGGGAUUAACGUGCAGGGCUUCAGCGGCCCCUUCUCGCAGCAGAUCAACGUCCCGCAGCAGCCGCAGAGCCGCAGGUCCCCGGUCAGUCCCCAGAUGCAUCCGCAGCAGGGCGCCUUCCUGCAGCACAGGAACAACUACAACCAACAUCAGCCCAUGGUGAAGCAAUCUCCCUGGGGCAGCCACCAGGGGAACGGCUGGGGCUCCGGGGGGAUGUCCUGGGGCCGGGACCACCGCAGAGUCGGCGGCAUGGGCGUACCUGGCUCGGUCAGUCACGCCUCGCCCCUGAAGAAGCCCUUCUCCAGCAACGUCAUCGCUCCUCCCAAGUUCCCACGCUCGGGGGGAUCACUGGGGCCUAAGUCCUGGAUCGAGGAAAACUUGUUUCGCACAGACAGUAACAGCAACACCUUGUUGCCCCUGCAGGACCGCUCCAGAAUGUACGACAGUCUGAACAUGCACUCCCUGGAGAGCUCUCUGAUCGACAUCAUGCGAGCCGAGCAGGAUCCGAUGAAAGGCCGCGUGGGAUGCCCUCACCCCGGGGCCGAUGGCCUCCUCAUGCUCAAUGCCAGGAGCUAUGGGAGACGUCGAGGCCGCUCCUCCCUCUUCCCUAUUGAUGACAAUCUCCUCGACGAUGGCCACGGCAACCAGGGUGUCCCCGGGGUCCUGGGCUCCCCCGGCUGUUACCCCCACCAAAACGGGGAACGCAUUGAGCGCUUCUCCCGCAAGGUGUUUGUGGGAGGUUUGCCCCCUGACAUAGAUGAAGAUGAAAUAACCUCGAGUUUCCGCCGCUUUGGUCACCUGGUGGUGGACUGGCCGCACAAAGCAGAGAGCAAAUCCUACUUUCCACCCAAAGGAUACGCCUUCCUGCUGUUCCAGGAGGAGAGCUCAGUGCAGGCUCUGAUUGAAGCCUGCAUGGAGGAGGACGGGAAGCUGUACCUGUGCGUCUCCAGUCCCACCAUCAAGGACAAACCUGUGCAAAUUCGACCUUGGAACCUGAGCGACAGUGAUUUUGUGAUGGACGGCUCUCAGCCCCUCGAUCCCCGCAAGACCAUCUUCGUGGGAGGCGUCCCUCGUCCUCUGAGAGCAAUUGAGCUGGCCAUGAUCAUGGAUCGUCUCUACGGAGGAGUCUGCUACGCGGGAAUCGACACUGAUCCGGAGCUCAAAUACCCCAAGGGUGCAGGGCGAGUGGCCUUCUCCAAUCAGCAGAGUUACAUCGCUGCCAUCAGCGCCAGAUUCGUCCAACUGCAGCACGGCGACAUCGACAAGCGGGUGGAGGUGAAGCCCUACGUGCUGGACGACCAGCUGUGUGACGAGUGUCAGGGUGCGCGCUGCGGCGGGAAAUUCGCUCCCUUCUUUUGCGCUAACGUCACCUGUCUGCAGUACUACUGUGAGUUCUGCUGGGCCAACAUUCACUCCCGCGCCGGGCGAGAGUUCCACAAGCCCCUGGUCAAAGAAGGGGCCGACCGCCCCCGCCAGAUUCACUUCCGCUGGAACUAGACGUGCAGCCGCAGCCAUGGCGACGCAGUCAGAGAGGGAGGAGAAAAAAAAAGAGCAUCGCUCUGACUCUCAUGCUCUCCUAAGCUAUCAGUAUAAACAUAACGCUAUACAGUAUAUACCAUAUAUAUAUAUAUAUAUAUAUCUAUAUCUUUUGUAGCAGCCAAACACCACAAGCCUCAGUUUUCACCAAAACCCCCCUCACAUCUCAGGCUCUGACAACUCUACAACUCUUUUGUGGUACUUUCAUCUUUUCUAAGAGGAGAUUUAAAAAGAGAUUACUUUUUCUAGUUUUUUUUUGUUUUUUUUCAUCAUUAUUUUUGUAUGUGAGAUUUAAAAGUAGAUACAGGAAUGUUUUUUCGCAUGGGGCAGCUUGUCUGUCUGUUCGUCUGCUGCUAGCCACCCCACAGUGCGUGUAGUGCACACUUGUUUCUGGGAAAAAAACUCUCUCUUCUCUAAUGUUGACGCCAGCCCCGGGUCAUUUACCAAAGGUAGCAAAAUUAUUAAGGAAGCUUCAAAUUGACACAUUUCUGCCGCAAAACAAACGGUUAUUGUUGGUUUUUUUAACGCCGCCACGGGCUCUUUCUUCUUGUCAAAGAGUUUAUGUCCAAAAAAUCUUUUUUUUAUUAAAGAAAAAAGAUGAUUUCUGCACUCACACAGACCCAUGGAGUGAUACCUCAAAAGACAAAAAUCUGGUUUCUUCUAACUGUAUUUGAACAUUUAUACUUAACAAGCUAUUUCAGAAGCUUUGCUGCUAUAUAUUCGUAUAUAUGAAUAGAUGUGUAGGAACUAUAUUUAAUGCCGUUCGUGAAUCAGAAUCAUGUUAAAUGCAGUACGCAUGCAGGAUAGAUGUGUGAGGGGAGAAAAAUCACUGAGAGAAAAAAAUAAAAACUAAAAACAAACCACUGAAAUCGUAAUUAAAGACGAGAAAAAAAUCUUUAGUCAGGAGCAUGACUAUCUAUUACCGAUGCCUAAGAGGGGAAAAAAAAUCAGACAAAAGCUAGAUGACAAAAAAAAAAAGACAUAUUUAAACUUGCAUGCAUUGGUGUUUAUCUGUUGUUUGAUCCGUCUGCAUAUUUAUCGAUACAAAGAGUGAUAUUGAUUCUACUUUAGACUUAGUGGACGGCAUCAUCUCGUGACAUGGUGUCCUGUGUGGCGGGGGCGGGGGGGGAAAAAAGAAGAAAACCCCCCGUGGAGCAGCAGAGUGGUGUUCAGUGGUCUGUGUCCGUGUGUCGUCCCUGUGCUGUGUGACUGUGGUUGGAGUAGACUGAGGCUCUAGUUUAGUUUCCGCCGCCAGACCCGGCGGGGGAAGAGUGAAAACAUUGAAGUGACUCUGCCUUCACCCCUUCAAGUCCUGUAUCUCUGUGUGGUUCCAAAAGGUUUUUUGUCUGCUCAAGCACCGCGCAGGCAGACCAGACGCAAAAACAAGAGACUUGGUCGCCUUGGGAGAUUGAACUGGGAGGAGUGGGCCUGGGCUACAAAAAAAGAAUCUCUAGAACAUGCUCGCGUCACUCAACCUGCUGAUUUUUGUAAGGGCUGGUUGAAACCGUCACGCUCCACGAAACUCCCAGGCCAGGGUUCUGGAGGACGAAGGAUCUCCUAACCGAGCUUUUAUUGUGACCAUGACGACGCUCCGCGUCCUGGCGCGCUAAAUAGGAAACUCUUCUUUGUAUCGUCUGUGUGUGUGUGUGUGAUUCCCCGCCGUGACCCUUGAAGUACUCCUUAGAAAGGGAUUCACGGACAAUCGUUCUGUAAGGACGGUGGCCCAGCCGUCAGUUAGGCACUGUACAUGUGUGUCGCUCUCAUGUCGUCGCCGUGGUUUGUGUGUUCCACGCCCCCGGUGUGUGCUCCUCGGUAUUGGUGUUCAGGUAUCAAGUGUGUACUGUUACAAAACCUAUGAAACUGAUUGCUUAAAGUUGAGUCGUAUCAUUUAAUUUGUUUUCGUCAACUACUUACCCAUCACUGGCCCUUCACUAUGUUUUUUACAAUAUAUAUUAUGCACUACUUUUCUAUAUAACCCCCACAUCUUUUUUUCUUAAUCCCCUCCCCCCCAAGUGAUUUCAUUGCAGAUGAGGAUUCUCUGAAGCCUCCACCUAUUUAUAAUUCUACAGAUGAUUUAUUAAAUUUUUUAUUUUUUCAUGAUUACUUAUUUAAGGUGUAGCGUGAAGCAGUGGUCUUAAUUUAUCCGUGUUGAGUAGAGCGAGAAUCCAAUAUUUUCUAAUAUAUAUUAACUAAUGUGGUGUGGAUGUUGUGAGGAGCGGGAGUCAGAAAGGCGUCGCAGGCCGGGACGUGAUCCGGAUGAGAGUGAAGGAUCGAGCUCCCGCCUUCCCCCGUGGCUUUAGUUCUCAUGGUGUCCGAUGCGAACAUGUUUGAAUAUCGUCACCUGUAACACUUGACUCGUGCUGUUCUCGUGAGGUUCUAUUUCCUAUGUUGAACACUGUUACUUUGUUCUGUACCUGUCUUUGUUUUUUUGUAAAAAAAAAUCAUAUUUAUUUCACUAUUUUUGUAGACAAAAAAAACUAUUUGAUUUUGAUUGUAUUUUUCUAUUUAAAUAGGACUAUUAUAACAUUUAUUUCCCCCUCCCCCUCAGUGAUAAUUAUGUCCAAAAGUUCUGUUUAAAGACAAGAAUCACUCAUUAGUAACAACAUCAAAGUUUUUGAUAAACAGCGGAUUCUUAUUUUGAUAUACACGACACGUUUCAUUUGACGGAAGGAAACAUGAAGGUUUCAUCAUAUUCUUGGAACACACUUGAGAUUCUCCCCUGUUGCAUCGAGGCCCCAGCUGCCUGUCCUCGUAGAUGCUCUGAAACUUGAAUAUAACACAUUUUGAAAGGCUGACUAACCUCGAAUCUGUGUUGUGAUGUGCAAUACUGUUUCUAAUGUUUGUAUGAAAAAAAGUAAGAACUACAGUGUAAACCUUUUUAAUGCAGAUUUAUUUUUUUCAUUGCAUAUUUUGCAGAUUUCUGAUCCACAGUGUCAUUUUUUACUGUCAGAAAAAAUAAACCCCGUUUUUUCAUUGCAACUAUUUUUAAAUCCAGAUAUCUUUGUACUGAUGUAAAUGAUUGUAGUUAUUUUGGAUAGUGUUUUGCUAACAAAAGGAGAGACUUUUUCAUGCAUAUUUAUAUUUCAUUUCAUCUUGUUUUAUCCCACGUUUUUAUUUUUGUUUAAUAACGGAAUUCUUGGAAUAAUUUUUCAUAUUUAAAUGUCAUUGGUUUCAUUUUGUAUUUUUAUGUGGAAAUACACUAUAUACAAUUUUAAGAUGCUGAUUGCUAAGAUAUUAUUUUGAUUUUAAUUCUUUUUAAAGCUAAAUAUUUGUAAUUUUAUUGUCAAAGUGACUAAUUUCUAAAUCAAAGUUUGUGUAUAGAUUCACAAAAGUGGUUUAUGAGGUGUUUGGAUUGUAAUUAUUACUGAAUGGUUCUUUGAUAUGCAAAUUGAAUAUCAUGUUUAUUUUCAUUUUUGUUGGUUUUGUAUUUAAAUGGGGUGUUGAUUACGACCUUUGUUUUUCUUUUACUUCCUGAAUAAAGACCCAUUUUGUUUGGACACAA